UUAUCUUUUUUUUUUAAAAUUUAUUAUUAUUUCUCUUUAAGAAAAGGAUUAGACAUCUCUUUAUAAAUGGAAGGUCUUUACCAUGAUAUUUCCAGGAUUGCCUAUUACACAGAAUAUGACAGACACCUAGCAGCGGCGGUAUCAGCAGGGAAAACCAUGGCAACAGCCUACCUGGAGCCCAACCUGAACAAUGCCCUCCUGGGAGGCGCCAAGUCCCAGCUGAGUGUGGGAGUAUCAGACCGGACCAUGGCUGGACCCGUGGACAGGGUUCUGAAAGUCUUCCAUCACUUUGAGACCAACACUGAACAGAACUUCUGGUCUUCCAACAUCAGAUAUGGAGAUGCGACUGAUGUCAGGGGGAUCAUCCAGAAGAUUCUGGACAUCCACAAGGUGCGCUGGACUUCUUGUUUUGGCCUUCGCCUCAGCAGCAGCCAAUCCAAAGACCAGGUGCACUGGCUCCACCCAGAUAUGGGCGUGUCUCACAUCAGAGAGAAAUAUGAACAAGCUCGACCCAAUGAGGAAUGGAGGUAUGAGCUAAGAAUCCGAUAUCUACCAAAAGGCUUUAUGCAGCAGUUUACAGAAGACAAACCUUCACUCAACUGCUUCUACCAUCAGGUGAAGAACGACUACAUGACACAAUAUGGAAAUAAGGCGGAACAAGAUGUGGCUCUUAAGUUGGGUUGCCUAGAAAUUAGGAGGUUUUUCAAAGAGAUGAGAGGAAACGCUUUGGAUAAGAAAUCCAACUAUGAACUUCUGGAAAAAGAUGUUGGUUUGAGGCGAUUUUUCCCAAAAGAUCUGUUGGACUCAGUCAAGGCUAAAACGCUUCGUAAACUGAUUCAGCAGACGUUCAAACAGGUUGCCAAUCUUGACGACGAGCAGUGCAUCCUGAAGUUCUUGGAGAUACUCGCGCCAAUUUACCGCUACGACAAGGAGUUCUUCAAAUGUGCCCUCGGUUCCAGCUGGGUGAUCCAGGUGGAGCUGGCCAUCGGGCCAGAAGAAGGGAUCAGUUACCUCACCGAUAAGGGAUCAACGCCUACACAUUUAGCUAAUUUUAACCAGGUCCAGUCCAUCCAGUAUUCAGCUAUGGAGGAGAAAGACAGGAAGGGCAUGCUGCAGCUGAAUGUAGCCGGCGCUGCUGAGCCUCUUACGAUAACGACAGCAUCGCUUACCAUGGCGGAGAACUUGGCAGACUUGAUUGAUGGCUACUGUCGUCUUGUCUCCAUGGAAACGCACUCGUUCAUUGUCAGAGUCCAGAAAGAGGGAGAGAGAGCUCUGCCUUCCAUCCCAAAACUGUCUAAUAAUGAGAAAAAGUUAGAAGCAGUCAGGAGUGGAGUCCGAGCGAUCUCUGUCUCAGAAGAUCUUAGUGGGGAUGAAACUGAUGACUAUGCAGAAAUAGUUGAUGAAGAGGACACGUACACCAUGCCCUCCAUGGGCUAUGGAGUAGUUGAAGCGCGGGACUACGAGAUCCAGAGGGACCGGAUCGAGUUAGGUCGCUGCAUCGGAGAGGGUCAGUUUGGAGAUGUCCACCAAGGAGUCUACAACAGCCCAGACAAGCCAUCUCUCAAUGUUGCCAUUAAAACCUGUAAGAACUGCACCACAGACAGCGUCAGAGAAAAGUUUCUUCAAGAAGCCUUAACGAUGCGUCAGUUUGACCACCCUCACAUCGUCAAGCUGAUUGGAGUGAUCACAGAGAACCCCGUGUGGAUCAUCAUGGAGCUCUGUACUCUUGGAGAGUUGCGGUCAUUCCUUCAGGUUAAGAAGUACAGCCUCAACUUGGCAACACUCAUUCUGUACGCUCAUCAGCUCAGCGCUGCGUUGGCCUAUCUGGAGAGCAAACGCUUUGUACACAGAGACAUCGCAGCGCGUAAUGUGUUGGUUUCCACAGUCGACUGUGUGAUGCUCGGAGACUUCGGUUUGUCUCGAUACAUGGAGGACAGCUCCUAUUACAAAGCUUCUAAAGGUAAACUUCCUAUUAAAUGGAUGGCUCCUGAAUCUAUCAACUUCAGAAGAUUCACCUCAGCCAGCGAUGUGUGGAUGUUUGGUGUGUGUAUGUGGGAAAUAUUGAUGUAUGGCAUCAAGCCCUUUCAGGGUGUGAAGAACAAUGACGUGAUCGGCAGGAUAGAGAACGGCGAGCGGCUGGCGAUGCCCCCCCAGUGUCCCCCCACUCUUUACAGCUUGAUGACCAAAUGCUGGUCGUACGACCCCAGCAAGAGGCCGCGGUUCACAGAACUCAAAACACAACUCAGUACCAUACUGGAGGAGGAGAAGCUCCAACAAGAGGAGAGACUUCGAAUGGAGAUGAGAAGACAAAUCACAGUUCCCUGGGAAUUUCCUGGGGCUUCUGAUGAAGCUCCACCUAAACCAAGUCGACCAGGUUACCCCAGUCCUCGCACCAGUGAAGGCUUCUUUUCCAGCUCCCAGCACAACCACUUCCAGCCUCCAGCUCACGGUGGUGUAGGAGGAGUCGGAGGCAGCUACCCUCCCUCAGACUCCUGGAAUCAGCACCGAACUGAACAUACGACGCCGUGGAGCACGGAGGACAACGGGUGUGUCGGCCCAUCUCUGAUGGAGGAUCGGCUGAUGAUGCAACAGCAGCAGAUGGAGGACGACCAGCGGUGGCUGGAAGAAGAGGAGAGCCUCAUGAAAGCAGAAUCCAGAAACAGCAGGGGAAGCAUCGACAGAGAGGACGGCACACUACAAACUCCGGGUGGAAGUCAGCACAUCUAUCAGCCUGUUGGGAAGCCAGAACAUGUAGCCCCCCCUAAAAAGCCGCCCCGCCCCGGAGCUCCUGGUCAACUCGGCAACCUGUCGGGUCUCGGCGCUGUUGACAGCUACAAUGACGGGGUGAAGCCGUGGAGGUUGCAACCGCAGGAGAUCAGCCCACCACCGACCGCCAACUUGGACCGCUCCAACGACAAAGUGUACGAGAACGUGACGGGGCUGGUCAAAGCUGUGAUCGAGAUGUCCAACAGGAUCCAGCCCGCUGCACCCGAGGAGUACGUCCCCAUGGUGAAGGAGGUGGGUCUGGCUCUGAGGACGCUGCUGGCAACAGUGGAUGAAACGAUCCCUGUGCUGCCCGCGAGCACACACAGAGAGAUCGAAAUGGCUCAGAAGCUGCUGAACUCAGAUCUGGCAGAAUUAAUAGCGAAGAUGAAGCUCGCUCAACAGUACGUCAUGACGAGUUUACAAAAGGACUAUAAGAAACAGAUGCUGAUGGCGGCUCACGCUCUGGCAGUGGACGCCAAGAACCUGCUGGACGUCAUCGACCAAUCACGGCUCAAAAUGAUCAACCAGAUCCGCCCACAUUAGUCCAGGAGCCGACCCAGCCGAAGCUGCAGGACAGGUUUAAAGUGUUUGAACGUUGGACGGACCUGUGAGCGGACGUCGUGUUGGACGUCAGCGACGGACGGACGAAGACGAGGAGCGGACGAAGAGCGAAUGUGAUUGAAACAAUCAGCCCUCUGGAACUCAUUCACAGCUUCAUUUAUUUUCUCCUCGACU